AUGGCGCCAUCUGCUGGCCAAAAUGUAGAGCUCAACCGGCGACGGAAAGGCGCUGUGGGUUUUAUUGAGAGAACGGAGACUGCUGGUGAAUUCCCAAGGGGGUUAAUUGGCGUUUUAUCAAGCCAGCUUUCGUUGUGUCUGCUUAAUAUUCAUCUCUCCAGGCUUCCCACCAGACUGCAAAAGCUGAGCUGCAACAUUCUGAACAGCAGUCCAGCUGUGAGGGGAGGUGCCCGUGGCAGGCCUCAGCUGACCCCGGAGAGGCCGUUAAUACCUGGCUGUCGCCUCCACAGUUGCUCAGAGGCAGAGAAGGGUGGCUUUGUAAGAAGAAGAAAAGAGAUCACUCUCUUUCCACCAUGUGAGGACCCAGCAAGAAGGUGGCUGUCUGCAAGCCCAGGGAGAGAGCCCUCACCAGGAAUCUGAUGGCACCUUAAUCUUGGACUUCCCAGCCUCCACAACUGUAAGAAAUAA